AUGCCAAGGCCAGGGCCAAGGCCUUAUGAGUGUGUGAGAAGAGCUUGGCAUAGUGAUAGGCACAAACCCAUCAGAGGUUCCAUGAUUGGACAGAUUUUAAGGAUGGCCUAUGACACUCACAGUGCUGCAACUAAAGGGAAUAGGGAGUGGCAAGAUAAGAUUCUUCUUGUGGUUUACAAAGCUGAGGAAAUCAUGUACUCUAAAGCCAACUCUGAGGCUGACUAUACGAACCGAGAUACUUUAUGGGACAGAGUAAAUGAUGCCAUUAACACCAUUAUCAGGAGAGAUGAGAAUGCUGAGACUGGAGAUCUUUUGCCUCCUUGUAUUGAAGCUGCCCUUAAUUUGGGAUGUAAAGUGGAGAGAGCUUCGAGAAGCCAGCGACACAGCAAUCCCAGGAGUUACCUCAGCCCAAGAUUGCAAGAACCGGCAUCUGUACCUCCUAGAGGGAUAGAUAGAACUCACGAUGAACAAGGCCCUCAGUUAAUGCCAGUUCACUCUAUCAAUCAAUUGAACUUUACAAGAGCCACCACAACUGUGAAUCAAAAUCUUAUGGUUUCAGAUUCUAAUAAUUGUUUGGCUGAGAAUAGUGUUGUUGCUCACAGUUACCCUUUACUGUAUGAGAAUAUCCCUCCUGGCAGUAAUCAGCUGACAACCAGGGAAGCCGACAUGCAUCAGAACUUUGGUUCAGUUUAUCCCUUGUAUUAUGGAAAUCAAUAUCAAAUCGAAGCAUCUGAUAUGGUCUCUCAAGUUCCGACGAGCACGAACUCUAGCACUAUAUUUAUGGGUAAACCCAUUGGUGCAUCGGUUCCAGCACGAAGGGAUAUGGGUGUCUUGCAGACAGUUUUCUCAUGCUCCAGUGCUGAAGUUGGUUCCACGAGAAUCACACAAGCAGAUUUCAGGAAUACCCAUGACAAGCAAACUGGCACACAAUGUGAUUUAUCGUUAAGGUUGGGUCUAUACUCAGACCCUUGCCUGAGCAUAGAAAGAAAUCAAGCUCAAGAAAAUGAAAUUUUUGGCUCGAGCAGCUCUCAAGAAAGAGACAAAUUUAGUGUUUUUUCUCAACGAAGAAACAAGGAAUUCUGUUUUUUUCCUGGUACAAGUACCAGGGAUCCCUCUGAGUCCUGUUCGGUUAAGUGGGUUUCAGAGGUUGAUGAUCAGAAUUUGGAGGCAACCAUCAGAAAGCGCAAGGCACCCUUCUGUGACAAUGCGGAGGAUGGACAUUUUUGCUGGCAGUCCAACCAGUUCAUUGGUCGAAUAGAAGGGCCAGGUUUGUAG